CUAGUACUAUCACAAUCAUCAUGCCUUUAUAACCCACUCACUUUCCAUUUUUAAACUCUCACCGUCGUUUUUACAAAUACGACACCACCGAACAUGACCGCACCGCCGACACCAAAUGCCGCUAUCACACCCGCCGCCGCGCACGCUACCAUCUCAUCGCCGACGAUCCUCUUCGUCGUCGCACCUCCAUACCGCCACUAACUCCGCCAACUCCAUGUCGCCGCCGGAAUCCCCCUCCCUCCAUCCCCAUCACAUCCUCAUCGUAGCGCUGUUUUUCGCCGCCGUUUCUCUCUCCACCUUACUCCUCUUCAGAGACGCUGAUUACUCUUACUUCGCUUCCUCUUAUUCCUUCCGUUUUCCAACCGUUUUUCCCUCCGCUUCCAACGAUUCCGCCACGACUAGGAAUGAGUAUCCACUUGAAAAGAUUCUGAAUGAGGCUGCCAUGGAAGAUAGAACUGUUAUAUUGACCACAUUAAAUGAAGCAUGGGCAGCACCAAAUUCAGUCAUUGAUCUUUUCCUGGAUAGCUUUAGAAUUGGAGUUCGUACUCGUAGGCUUUUGAAUCAUUUAGUAAUUAUUGCAUUGGACCAGAAGGCAUUUGUACGCUGUCAGGCUAUACACACCUAUUGCUUUUUGCUUGUUAGUGAAGGUAAUGAUUUUCAUGAAGAGGCAUUCUUUAUGACUCCUCUCUAUUUGAAGAUGAUGUGGAGAAGGAUUGAUUUCCUGCGUUCAGUUCUUGAGUUGGGAUACAAUUUUGUGUUCACGGAUGCCGAUAUCAUGUGGUUUAGGGACCCAUUUCCACGGUUUUACGACGAUGCAGAUUUCCAGAUAGCGUGUGAUCAUUUCACAGGUUUCUUUGACGAUGUACAUAACAGACCCAAUGGAGGGUUCAACUUUGUCAGGUCCAAUAAUAGGUCAAUAGAGUUUUACAAAUUUUGGUACUCCUCACAAGACACCUAUCCCGGAUACCACGAUCAGGAUGUCCUCAACUUUAUCAAGGUUGACCCUUACAUUUUUGAUAUUGGACUGAAGAUGAAAUUCCUGGAUACAGCUUAUUUUGGUGGGCUUUGUGAACCAAGUAGAGAUUUGAAUCAAGUUUGUACAAUGCAUGCAAAUUGUUGUUAUGGUAUGGAUAAUAAGCUUCACGAUCUUAAAAUUAUGCUUCAAGAUUGGAGAUAUUAUUUGACCUUGCCUCCAAGUUUAAAGAGAUUGUCAAUUAUAUCCUGGAGGGUUCCUCAGAAAUGCAGCCUUGAUGCUCUCAAACCCAGUGAUUCGCCAGAAACAAGUGUUCAAGAAGAUUAAAGGUCUCAUUGCACAUGUUAGUUUCCAAUGCAUCAGUUGGACAUUCAGCUGAAAUGCGCUACACGAAAGAUUUUUUUUAUUUUUUUUCAGGUUAGAUAUUUUUUCAGCUUAGCUACUGUAAACGAUAAGAAUUGGAUUAUAAUGCUAUUAAUGUAUAGACAGCUCUAGCCAAUAUAAAUUUGAAAAGAAAAGUCAAUUUUGCUAAACUAACUAUUGAAGGAGGUAUCUUUACACUCACA